CCUAUCUUUCAAAUGAAAUUCCUGAGUGAUAUUUUUCGUGCAGCAAAAUCAAAUGUCGUAGACGGAGUUAGUCAGGCAUGGCCAUCGGCGUACCAGUCAAGUUUCUCCCGUAGACUACGGAUGCCUGAACAACUCGAGCCAAGUUACUUGGAUGAGCCGGAGUCACUCUCCGUUUGGCGAUUAGUCUUCAAGAUAAUCAAGAUUGGUGUGCUGCUCAUGGUUUGGGGCUUUUUCACCUACGUUCUGGUUCGGAUGGCGACCAAGCCCAAUAGCACCGCGGUGAGGACCAUGUUUCCCAACGAGACCCUGCUGCGCAAGGUGCGUCUUAACAGCGAUAAAGUCGCUGUAACUCUGCGGGGACCCAUCGAUCUGAAAAUGAUGAAGGAUGGUAGCGGGGACAAGAACGUUUCCUCGGUGGGUGUGCGUAUGGAAUGGCGGGAUACCCAACUGAACAACACACUAAAGCAUUCCAGCAUGUGGAAUGUCUACCUCCUCGAGAAGGACGAUGAAUUCCUAGAAGCCGAGCAAGACUUCAAGGUCUUGCCGCCGGAAAAAACCGAGGCGAAGGCGGUGAUUUCGCUAAAAGCUGAUGUGGAGCAGCCCGUAUCCCUGCUAGUGGUGGUCGAGUUUUCUCCUCUGUCCACCGACCAUGGUGUCUGGUAUGCCGCCCUGCUGCUCAUAGGUCUGUACAUCCUAGUUGUCUUCGAGCUCACGGAUCGCACGUUCGCAGCUCUUUUGAUGGCCACCACUGGCGUUGCGAUCCUCACGGCGCUCGGGAAUCGACCCACCCUGACGGACAUCAUCUCCUGGGUGGACUUCGAGACACUGAUGCUGCUGCUCGGCAUGAUGAUAAUGGUGGCCAUAAUGUCGGAGACGGGCAUCUUCGAUUGGAUGGCCGUGCUGGCCUACAGGAUCUCGAUGGGUCACCCCUGGCCGCUGAUCAUCCUGCUGGCCACAUUCACGAGCCUCUUAUCCUGUGUCCUCGACAACGUGACCAUGCUGCUGCUGAUGGCGCCCAUUGCCAUCCGAUUGUGCGAGGCCAUCGAAGUGCAGACGCCGCUCGUCCUGAUGGUGAUCGUCAUGUACGCCAAUAUCGGUGGCACCCUCACGCCGGUCGGCGAUCCGCCCAAUGUGAUCAUAGCCACCAAUCCGGUUGUGACCAAGGACGGCGUUGACUUUAUCAUCUUCACAAUGCACAUGCUGCCCGGUGUCAUGUUGGCGCUCCUAAUUGGCUUCGCAGUUGUGUAUCUGACAAUGCGAAAGACUCUGUUCAAACUGUCGGAUCGACAAAUCGAAUUGGCGGCGGAGAGGGAGGCCAACAGGAGACGCCUGAGUGCGGACAUCUCGGUGCGGGCCAAUCAAAUGCGGGCAAACCAAUCGGGACGUCAGUGCCUGAAGCCAUCGGCAAACUAUUUCGAGACUCUGGCCCACUUGGAGGCACAUCAUCGGAUCCAGGAUAAGACGCUGCUGAUCAAGUGCCUGGUGACGCUUGUUUUCGUCGUCGCUUGCUUUCUCAUGCACUCGCUGCCCUUCAUGAAGGGUGCCACCUUGGGCUGGGUGGCCAUCCUGGCCGCCUUCCUGCUCCUCAUUCUGGCCAAGAUGGACGACAUCGAGGCGAUACUCGACCAGGUUGAGUGGUCGGCCCUGCUCUUCUUGGCCGCAUUAUUUGUGCUCGCCGAGGCGGUGGAUAGACUGGGUUUCAUUGAAUGGCUGGGUGAGAAGGCGAUCACGGUGAUCCGAAGUGUUGACGAGCGUUACCAGACCACCGUGGCCCUUCUUCUCAUCCUUUGGUUAUCGGCCAUUUUGUCCGCGUUCGUGGGAAAUGUCCCUGUGACCACGAUGAUCCUGCGGCUGAACAUCCAGUUGUUCGAAAACGAUGCGAUUAGGGUCCCAUUAUCACCACUACUUUGGGCGUUGUCUUACGGCGCCUGCUUUGGUGGUAAUGGCACCUUAAUUGGCGCUUCGGCCAAUGUCAUUGCAGCGGCAGUCGCCCAUCAGUAUGGCUACAAGAUCUCCUUCAUUCAGUUCUUCAUCUACUGCUUUCCCAUGAUGCUGGCCACCAUUACCAUAGCUAUGGUUUACCUCCUGAUCGCCCACUCAGUAUUCGCUUGGCACAAGACAUAGCUAUAAUGGAUUCAGCCGCAAAUGAAGACCUCUCCUUGCGAUCCAGAUAAACUCUAAUGGACUGUCCAUCAACGUGCUGGAGUCGAGAUAUGGAUUUACAAACCUUGACCUUCAAAACUCUAUAGUCUUCUCUAUCUUUCUUUGUAAAGUAAAAAGUGAACCUCCUUAUAAAUGUCCCCUAUUAAAAAUA